AUGCUUAGUCCUGCUCAGUUGAAAGGUGUACCUAAAUCUUACAUAGCAAAGAAAGCCCCGGGCCAACACACCAGACAGGUUGUUGAUGAGUUAGUUGUCAAACGAUUCUACCUGACUCUGAUGCUGUAUGAUCUCUGGAAGCAGAAGACACUUUGGGAAGUGGCAGAAAAAUUUGAAUAUCCUCGGGGCUUUGUCCAGAACCUCCUGUCAGGGGCGGCUAGUUUUGCGACCUGUGUCUAUCACUUCUGCCAGGAGUUAGAAGAAUUCUGGGCCUAUCAAGAAUUACUGGGAACCUUUGUCAAGCGCCUGGCUUAUUGUGUGUCCGCAGAACUCCUGCCUCUCAUGGAAAUACCCGGCGUCAAACUGGGUAGAGCUAAGCAGUUAUACAAUGCCGGAUUCCAGUCUGUGGCGUUAGUGGCGGCUGCUGGUCCAGAGAUCCUUGUUAAAUCGAUACAACAGAUCCCUCGUAAAGUGGCAAAAUAGAUCGUCGC